AUGAAUUCGACAAAUCAUCUUUGCAAGAUACUGGCAGGGAGACCGCCCGGCGGCAAGUACAAUUUCAUUGAUCCUCCCAGUCUGGGACCGACUGUCAUCGCCGUUGGCACUACGCUGCUGGUCAUUUCGAUCGCCUUCACGGGUGGGCGGCUGUUUAUCAAUCGCAGCAAGUUGCACUCUGCCGACUGUGAGACCCUAGCCCUAGGAGAAUUCUGGACCAGGAAACGUGCAGUAGCUUACUGGCAUACAGAAGACAUCACAUUGGUGGCGUGCCUGUUGAACAUUGCCUACACUGGCGUCAUCAUUGCGCUACUGACGGAAAACCUCAUCUGGGCAGAGCAUGAUUCCUUCCGCCACGCCCGGGACGUUCCUGUGUGUUUUUACACCGGGCGCUUCCUUCAGCUCCCCUUCAUCCAGACGGUGCUGUUCUCGCCCGUGCUCUUCUUCUCAAAAGCGGCCAUCUUCUUGCUCUACCGACAGCUCUUUGCGACGGGCAGACGACUCAAGCUCGCCAUCAACCUUGGCCUUGUCAUCACCUUGCUCGUGUACCUGUCCAACAUCCCACUGGCCGCCGUGUACGCGGCACCCGAUCCUGGCAAGCCAUGA